GUUCUACAGAACUAGAAAAGACAAUAUUGGGUACCAUCUACCUGACAAGCAUACUUGGUGCUUUGCAACCCUACUUAUCUACAUGGAAUAUUCGGAGUUUUAAUGACGCCGAAUCCGGCACAGUUCAUUCUCGAUUCCGACCACCAGCACCGUAUCACCCAUUCAUCAAGCAACUACUCUUCUUGAUCUCACUAUGGCGACAAAGUGUGUCUCAAUGCUACUCCUCGGAAAUGAUAUAUCCCAUAGCUUAUUGCAGGACAUUGGCGACCUGUAUCUUCUGCAAGAUCAUCAAAGGUGAAAUUCCGAGUUUCAAGCUGCUUGAGACAGAUCUAUCGUAUGCCUUCUUGGACAUCGGUCCUCUAUCGAAAGGUCAUGCCCUCAUUAUUCCCAAGUAUCACGCAGAGAAACUCCAUCAACUUCCCGACGAACAUCUUACCGACAUCCUGCCGAUCGCGAAGCGGAUCGCCAUUGCGCAGGGCGCUGAGAACUACAAUGUUCUCCAAAAUAACGGGCGCGUUGCUCACCAGGUGGUCGACCACGUUCAUUUCCACGUUAUCCCCAAGCCCGACAGCGAUAAGGAGGGCUUGGUAAUUGGCUGGCCAACACAGCAGAUUGAGAAGGCCGAACUAACCAAGAUCUUUGAGGAGCUCAAGGAAAAGCUUUAAAGUGGAACAAUGAUGAAAGCAAAUUAUUGCUACUACGUGUCCAAUUUUGAACACAAUCCAUCACUUUUCAGUUCUAUCGCACGGUAUACAUUUGCACCACGAGGUCUUUGGAUUCAUCAGCACC